AUGAAAGGUGUUACUCUUCCACAAAGUGAAAAGCAUCGACUGUUCACUGCUGCUCAAUCAUCUUGGCGCAAAGAUGUCGAGUGUGCCUUUGGAGUGCUGAAGGCUAGGUUCAACAUUCUAGCAGUUCCGGGACGCUCCUACUCGAGGCGUACUCUUGGGUUGAUCAUGCGUGCAUGUGUCAUUCUGCACAACAUGAUCAUCGACGAUGAGCGUGGUACAAAUUUGGACAACAUCUAUGAGACAGUUGAUUCCAAUGUCGGCCCUGCAAUACACAACCAUGCACCACCAAGCCUAGCAGCCAGGAUUCAGAUGGACAAUGAAAUCAGGAAGUCACCGAUGUAUACACAGCUCCAGCAUGAUUUGAUUGAGCAUGUGUGGGCUAAUGCCUAG